UAAAAACCUAACAAAUUUCAACUUAAAUUGUGUAACUUCAGAGUUUGAACGUCCCAAGAAACCAGCAUUUUAAGGACCGUAUAAAUACUGCUGAACCAUCCAUAUUACAACAAUUACUGAAGUCAUUUCCAUGAGAAUCCAAAUGAGGGCGACAAACGUACAUGUCGGCAAAAUGUUGCGCUAACUAUCUACGUCAAAAUAUUAUUUCUUCAGGGUACGAUUACACUGACAAGUGAGAGAAGAGUUAGAAAGUUCGGAGACUUUUCACCGGGGAAGCUAGAAAGGCUGUAUAUUCACCAAACAACCAGUGAAACGUUCGAUACGACAGUUCUUUUGAGCUUCGAUAUUCUUUGGUCUGCAUUUGUCUUCGUUUUACGACCGAAACUAAGUUAACGAUGAGCUUCCUAUUUGGCAGUCGCUCGUCUAAGACCUUCAAGCCGAAGAAGAACAUCCCAGAGGGCUCCCACCAAUACGAGCUGUUGAAGCAUGCAGAGGCAACGCUGGGGAGUGGGAACCUGAGGCAGGCUGUCAUGCUGCCAGAGGGGGAAGAUCUCAAUGAGUGGAUUGCUGUUAACACUGUGGACUUCUUCAAUCAGAUCAACAUGCUCUACGGCACCAUUACUGAGUUCUGCACUGAGACCAGCUGUUCUGUGAUGUCUGCAGGGCCCAGGUAUGAAUACCACUGGGCGGAUGGCACCAACAUCAAAAAACCCAUCAAGUGCUCUGCUCCCAAGUACAUAGACUACCUGAUGACCUGGGUGCAGGAUCAGCUGGAUGAUGAGACACUCUUCCCCUCCAAGAUAGGAGUGCCCUUUCCCAAGAACUUUAUGUCCGUGGCCAAGACUAUUCUGAAGCGCCUGUUCAGAGUCUAUGCCCACAUCUACCACCAGCAUUUUGACUCUGUGAUGCAACUGCAGGAGGAGGCUCACCUCAACACCUCCUUCAAACACUUCAUCUUCUUUGUCCAGGAGUUCAACCUCAUUGAUCGUCGUGAGCUGGCCCCUCUGCAGGACCUCAUUGAGAAACUGGGCUCCAAGGACAGAUAAACACCAUCCGUCUAUCGCACUCUAACCCCCCCCCGUCUUUCUGUAACUUCUUCACUUGGCCUUUUCUUUCUCCCUCCAUUCAUUUACCUGUAUGUUUUCUGUUCUAGUUUUUUGCUCUCUCCCUCUAGUUGUCUGUUGACAUUGUUUCAGAGCUUGUUUUGUUAAAGCUCACUCUAGUCUUUAAGGUAAGAUACCAGGGUGUAGUAUAUUAAAUGUAUUUUUUGGGGGUCGUUUUGUUAAACAAAUUCUAUAAUUGGGACCUACUGACCUGAACUGUGGACCAAUAUAAUUUAGGAGUUUAAAUGGAAACCAACAUUUCUUUCCUAUAGGAUUUACAAGCACAUACAUUUUUUUUUUUUUUUAACUAUCAUGUUUUUAGUCAAUGUAUUUAAAUACUGUUUUUUGGAUCUUGUAUCUGGAACAGUUUUUGUAUUUUAGAUUUUUUUCCACUUAAGAUGAACAAAGUUGCAAAAGUCAGGGGAUAUUGAUCAAUAAAUAUUUGCAGUGUCACUUGAUAUACUUGUGAAAUAGAUAAUCUUCCAUAGUUCAUAAACAAUCAGUGAUCAUAUUUUUAUGCUUGACUUAACUGCUUAGUUGUUAUAAGGUAUUUUAAGAGAACGCAUUCAAGUAUCAGAGGAUGACAUUUUGAAAACAAAUUAAAUGUAGUAUAAUGUGAAUAUUUCGAUCUUUCUCAUUUCACUCAAAUAGCACAAAAUGUGCCUCAGUUAUGUUUUUACUAUGUCAAAUUCCUUGGAUGUCUUUGUCCUUAUGCUGGUACUUAAUUGUAAUAUCAAGUCAAUUCUUGUUUUAUUGUUUAUUAAACAUACCUUUACUC